UAAGCUGGCAACCGGAAGUGAUGCAAUACGCUUACCGGAAAAGAGAGAGCGAUGCGUUCAGGAACCUCAAGUGUUGUUUCAGUUUAGACUUCAUUUAGAGUCGACGGAGCAGAAGGAGAGAAGCUGAAGCAGAACUGACGUCAGAUCAGAAGAUGAGUGGUUAUGAGGAGGAAGAGGAGGACAGAGCAGAGUCUCCAGGAUCCAUCUGUCAGUCUAUGAAGAGUCAUCGGUCCAAAGAUGCUCCUCCGGACCUCAGUCCUGAACCUGGACCCUCAGACUCAGAAGUUCAGUCCAGAGCAGAGUCUCCAGGAUCCAUCUGUCAGUCUAUGAAGAGUCAUCGGUCCAAAGAUGCUCCUCCGGACCUCAGUCCUGAACCUGGACCCUCAGACUCAAAAACGAGGAAGAUGAGUCCUGUUCCUGAGGAGGAGCUGAUGUCCAGAACCAGAACCAGAGCUGGACCGCAGACAGCCAGUGAGAGCAGCACUGUACAAACAGAUCCUGGUCUACAGGAGGUUUUAGAUGAACACAAGAUCAGUCUGAAGAAGAGAUGUGAACGUGUGACUGAAGGAAGCGGUGAAACAGGAAGUGGAACCCUCCUCAACAGCAUCUACACGGAGCUCUACAUCACAGAGGGACAGAGUGAAGAGGUCAAUACCCAACAUGAGGUGAGGCAGCUCGAGUCGGCUUCCAAGAAGAAGACCCUCCAAGACACUCCCAUCAAGUGCCACGACAUCUUCAAAGCCUCAGCUGACCAACGGAGACGCAUCAGAGUGGUUCUGACCAACGGCGUCGCUGGCGUUGGAAAAACCUUCUCGGUGCAGAAGUUCACUCUGGACUGGGCCGAGGGUUUGGAGAACCAGGAUGUGGGUCUGGUGGUUGUGCUUUCGUUCAGGGAGCUGAACCUGAUCAAAGAGGAGCGGUACAGUCUUCUCAAGCUGCUCCAUGUGUUCCAUCCAACAUUACAGAAGGUCACAGCAGAGGAGCUCUCUGGCUGGAAGGUUCUGUUCAUCUUUGAUGGUCUGGAUGAAAGCAGAAUGGCUUUGGAUUUCAUCAACAAUGAGGUUGUGUGUGAUGUCACCCAGGAGGCAUCGGUCAACGUGCUGCUGACGAACCUCAUCGAGGGGAAUCUGCUUCCCUCGGCUCUCGUCUGGAUAACUUCCAGACCUGCAGCAGCCAAUCAGAUCCCUCCUACUCGUGUUGACAGGCUAACAGAAGUACGAGGCUUCACCGACCUCCAGAAGGACGAGUACUUCAGGAGGAGAUUCAGUGAUGCAGAGCUGUGCAGCACCAUCAUCUCACACAUCAAGACAUCCAGAAGCCUCCACAUCAUGUGUCUGAUCCCAGUCUUCUGCUGGAUCACUGCUACAGUUCUGGAACACAUGUGGACUGCAGGCCAGAGAGGAGAGCUGCCCAAGACCCUGACCGACAUGUACUCACACUUCCUGCUGGUCCAGACAAAGAGGAAGAAGCAGAAGUACCACGAGGGACACGAGACGAGUCCUCAGGAGCUGAUGGAGGAUGACGGGGAAGUUCUCCUGAAGCUGGGGAGGCUGGCGUUUGAACAUCUGGAGAAAGGAAACAUCAUGUUCUACCAAGAAGACCUGGAGCAGUGUGGUCUAGAUGUCACAGAGGCCUCGGUGUUCUCAGGAGUCUGUACAGAGAUCUUCAGAAGAGAGAGUGUGAUCUUCCAGAAAACUGUCUACUGCUUUGUUCACCUGAGUGUUCAAGAGUUCCUGGCUGCCGUCUACAUGUUCCACUGUUUCACACAAAAGAAAAUAAAGGUACUGGACGACUUCCUGGGAGAAGACUGGAAUUACAAGGACAGUUCCUCAUCCUUGGAUAGUAGUUCAUCUGGGAGUGAGGAGGAAAAUGAUGGUGACAUGUACCAGCUUUGUGGUGAAUAUGAUGAAAAUGAUUCAUCCCUGGAGGACUUCCUGGUUAGAGCCAUGGAGAAAUCCCUCAAAAGUAAAAAUGGCCACCUGGACCUGUUAGUCCACUUCCUUCAUGGCCUCUCUCUAGAGUCCAACCAGAGAGUCUUAGGAGGCCUGCUGGGUCAGACAGACAACCGUCCAGAAACCAUCCAGAGAGUCAUCAACAACCUGAAAAAGAUGAACAGUGAUGCAAUCUCUCCUGACAGAAGCAUCAACAUCUUCCACUGUCUGAUGGAGAUGAAGGACCUAUCAGUUCAUCAGGAGAUCCAGGAGUUCCUGAAGUCAGAGAACCGAUCAGAAGAGAUCCUCUCAGAGAUCCAGUGCUCAGCUCUGGCCCACAUGCUGCAGAUGUCAGAGGAGGUUCUGGAUAAGUUGGACCUGAACCAGUACAACACAUCAGAGGAGGGACGACGGAGACUGAUUCCAGCUGUGAGGAACUGCAGAAAGGCUGAUCUUUCUGCCUGUCGACUCUCAGAGACUCACUAUGAAGUUGUGGUCUCAGCUCUGAAGUCCAACCCCUCCAGUCUGAGAGACCUGGACCUGAGUUACAAGCACUUGCAGGAUUCAGGAGUGAAGCUGCUGUCUGCUGGACUGGAGAGUCCACAUUGUAGACUGGAGACUCUGAGGUUGUGGGACUGCUGGAUGUCGGAGAUCAGCUGUUCUUCUCUGGCCUCAGUUCUGAAGUCCAGCCCCUCCAGUCUGAGAGAACUGGAUCUGAGUGUAAACAACCUGAAGGAUUCAGGAGUGAAGCUGCUGUCUGCUGGACUGGAGAGUCCACAUUGUAGACUGGAGACUCUGAGGUUGAGGAACUGCGGUUUGUCGGAGAUCAGCUGUUCUUCUCUGGCCUCGGCUCUGAAGUCCAACCCCUCCAGUCUGAGAGAACUGGAUCUGAGGGACAACAAGCUGCAGGAUUCAGGAGUGAAGCUGCUGUCGGAUCUUGUGGAGAGUCCACAUUGUAGACUGGAGACCCUGAGGACUGACGACAAGUUGAUCACAAACACACAAGAUAUGCAGAACUGAACGUGGAAGAAAAGCUGCCUGAGGACGACCGAUAGGUGAGAGAGGAGCUCCAGUAAAAAGCACCGCGACGUUUGGACUCUUACCAAAGAGGAUCCACCUCUGAGACAUUUGAUUCGUGCAUUAUGCUGCAUGGAAACAUCGGCUCCAUUGAUACCACCUCCAUCUGCGUUAUGAGCCAACUAGAAACGUUGGUCCUAAUCUUCUUCUUCACAGUUUCAAGCUUGUUCACAGCACGCGUCUAAACUAGUCUUCUAGCAACCGUAGUGACCUUUUAGUUGAUGGGCAACGGGGUCACAAUACAUGUAACCAAAGCGUCUUACAUUCACACGCCGUAGACACACACCUUGUUGCUCAAGGACACAUCGACUAGGACUAGCAGAACCUGGAGUGGAACCGACGACCCUCUGGUGGGAAGACGGACCUGAGCCACAGUUCUGUUAUUUUCUUCCAUAUUCAGUUUGCUGCAUGAACGCAUAAAGAGAAGGUGUGAUGUCACCGUGUUUCUCAUUUUGCUAUAAAGUGUCAUAUUUCACCCACAAUGCAUUGAGUGUGUAUUUUUUUUAAUGGAUUUAAUAAAGUGGAACAACUGGUCAACACAC